UUUUGAAAGGUGGUUCAGUUUUCACUUUUCAGUAAAUUCUAAGGUGAUAUUAUGAGAAUCAUGAAUGCAUUAACGAAAACAUAAUUCUGUGUGCGAUGUUUAUUUGUGUAAAUAUAUAAAAAAAUAACUGUAAAGUGUAACAUAAAGUUUAGCUUUAUUGUAAACAAGACUUGGUUAAUUCAUUCUAGGUAUACCGGUUGUAAUAUAAGUAAUUUUACUCUAAAGAUACUUCAAUAUCCUCUAACAUUUUAUGUAAUUUUGACGAGUAAACUAUAACGAUUUAAUAGAUUAAUAUCUAAGAUUAUAAUAGCCUUCAUGUUGACUCUCUGUCAUAAUUAUUACGGUGUUACAAAUAACAACAAACACAAGAAUGACGGACAGAACUACAGUAAAAGAAAAUUUGUCUUCGGUGUGUUUAUUUUGUUUCUCGUUAGUGUUUUGUGGGUGGUAUCUUCGGAGUUAACUAAGCAACUUGUGGAACCUGUGAAUGAAACUGAUGAUGAAGGAUUUUUUAAUGAAGCAGCAAAUACUUUGGGUGAUUCAACAUUUGUGCCGGUGCGUGCUGGAGAAACCACAGACAGUGAUGAUGCGGCACCCAGAGCUGUGAGGUUCAACAAAGUUGCUGAGGUGCGUGUGAUGUCGGCCGCCAUGGCAGGCGAGGCCCUGCUGGCGCGACUGUCGUGGUCGGCCUCCGUGCGGGCCACGGAGGUCGCGCAGAGGAGAGCAGCCGCCGCCGCGACCCGCAGGCACAUCCGGGUCGCACUCGUGUUCACUGUGCCGUGGUUCAUAUCAAACUAUCUGUACCGGCUGAGUAUACUGCACACGUCGACAGUCUCCGCCACGAUUUACACCUCUACGAGCAGUGCGUUCGCUCUGACGAUAGGGGCGAUAUUCGCUCAGCUGCCCAACGAUAGGUUCACCUUCUCCAAGUGUAUGUCUAUCCUGCUCACUGCUGCUGGCCUGGUGGUGUUAACUUUAUCGGAAAGUCAUCAGAACAGCUGGAUAUCAGUACUUGCCGGGCUUGGAUCAGCUCUUUGUUAUUCGGUGCACCUGCUCUUGUUCCGCCGGGAGUUGAGAAAGGGAGAUGGAAUCAACUCCGCCCUACUCGUUGGUAUUGUCGGGUGCAUGUGCCUUUGUUUGGUUUGGGUGUUCGGUGGCAUUCUGGCGGUGUCCGGAGUGGAACAGGCAGAGUUGCCGUCUCCCAAGUUGUGGAGCUGGCUGUUAUUGGAUGCGGCACUUAGUCCCUUGCUUAUGGAAUCUUUGUGGCUAUGGGGGCGGUCGCUGACGUCUGCGCGCACCGCCAGCCUGGUGGUGGGCGCCAGUGUGCCGGGGGCGGCGGCUGUGGGUGCGUGGCGCGGGGCCGGGGGCGGGGGCGGGGCCGGGGCCGGCGCGGGGGCGGUGGCGGGC